AUGUUUGGCUCUUCGGGCUUCGGCGGCUUCGGCCAGCAGAACCAGCAGAACCAGCAGAACCAGCCCGCCCAGCCCACAGGCGGCAUCUUUGGCCAGCAGCCCCAGCAAAACACCGCCACCGGCGGAUUCGGAAGCACUGGAGGCUUUGGAUCCACCGGCGGAUUCGGCGCCAGCCAGCCAGCCCAGACCGGAGGCGGUCUCUUCGGCGCCCAGCAGCAGCAGCCCCAGCAGUCGCAGCCCUUCAGCUUCGGCGGCGCCACCAACAAUGCAAGCGCCACGCCUGCGUUCGGUGCAAGGCCGGCCGGCACCACUGGCUUUGGCGGCUUCGGCUCCUCCACCACUGCCGCUCCCGCCUCCACCGGCGGCUUUACCUUUGGAGCCAAUACGGCGCAGCCCCAGCAGCAGCAGGCCACCGGCUUCGGAUCGACGCCUUCUACGUUUGGCAGCACCCAGACCGGCGGCGGCCUCUUUGGCCAGCAGCAGCAGCAGCAGCCUGCCGCCGGAACUGGCUUCGGCACCGCCUUCGGUCAGCAGGCCGCUGGUGCCACGGCGACCCCCGGUCAGAUCACCCAGGGAACCGCCUCGGUCCCCUAUGACCCCCUGCGCGAAGACGUCAGCCCGAACGAGCACAUCAAAGAUCGCAAGAACUGGGACGUCCAGCAGUCGAUCGUGGUGAUGCCUGCAUACUCGCACUACAGCCCCGAGGAGCUCCGCCUGAUGGACUACCAGCAGGGACGGUCCAAGGGCAAUGCCGGCCCCGGCGCCACCGGGACCGGCUUCGGCUUUGGCGCCCAGCCCACCAACACCGCCACCUUUGGCCAGCAGCCCGCGACGACUGGCUUCGGCGCAUCGCAGCCCGCUACUGGCGGAGGUCUCUUCGGCCAGCAGCAGCCGCAGCAGCAGCAGACUGGCGGCCUCUUUGGGCAGCAGAAUCAGCAGCAGCAGGCAGGAGGCCUGUUUGGUGCUAAGCCCGCCACCACCGGUUUCGGCUCGACGGGCACCUCGGGCGGUCUUUUCGGCCAGCAGCAGCAGCAGCAGCCGCAACAGAGCGGCGGUCUGUUCGGCUCGACCGCGCAGACCGGUCAGCAGCCCUCUACUGGCUUCUCUUUCGGCGGCGCCAACACAUCCAACACGGCCGGACAGACCGGCGGCUUCUCGUUCGGGGCCCAGCAGCAGCCGCAGCAAAACAAGCCCGCGUUUGGCUUCGGCUCCACCACCCAGCCGUCGCAGCCCUCGACCGGCUUUAGCUUCGGCGGCGCCAACCAGCAGCAACAGCAGCAGCAGCAGCCAGGACAGGCGGGCACCGGCUUCGGCACGGGCACGGCGGGCGGCUUCAGCUUUGGCGCAAAGCCGGCAACGGGCGGCCUCUUUGGUGGCGCCACUAGCCAGCCGGGCACGCAGCCCGCCACCACGACGUCGACUUUUGGAGGCUUCGGUGCGACAUCGGCGGCAGGAGCGCAGCAAAACAAGCCCGCCUUCUCUUUCGGCACCGGCGGCGGCGCAUUCGGAGCGUCGAGCGGCGCGACUACCGGCACUGCCGCCGCACCGGCGACCGGAGGCGGCCUGUUUGGCGGAGGAGCGCCAACGACGACCAGCCAGCCUGGCGGCCUCUUCGGUGGCGCGGCCACUAACACCACCGGCACCGGCGGCUUCAGCUUCGGCGGAAACCAGCAGAACCAACAGCAGGCUGGCCAGACCGGAGGCGCGGGCGGCUUCGGCUCGGGAGGACUGUUUGGCGCUAAGCCCGCCGGCCAGACUGGCACGCAGACGGGCGGCGGUCUGUUCGGCAGCACGACCGGACAGGGCCAGGCUGGCACCGGCUUCGGCGGCACCACGGGCGGCGGCCUCUUUGGCAGCAGCACCAACAACAACGCCGCCAAGCCUGGAGGAUUCUCCUUUGGCGGCGGCUCGUCGCUCUUUGGAGGGCAGCAGCAGCAGCAACAGCCGCAGCAGCAGCAGGCCGGAGGCCUUGGCGGUGGCUUCGGACAGAGCACUGGCGCUGGCGGCUCGGGCCUGUUCGGGGGCGCAGGUCAGACUCAGAACACUGGCACUGGCGGUGGCCUCUUCGGCGGCGGCGGCGGCUCCUCGCUCUUCGGCGGCAGCACUGCUGGUGGCGGAGGGCUGUUUGGCCAGUCGACCGGCCAGACGGGUCUUGGCGGCGGUCUCUUUGGCCAAUCCCAAGCGGGCCAGCAGCAACAGCAUCAGCAGCAGCCCAUCCAGGCCUCGCUCGACACCAACCCCUACGGCACCGACAGCCUCUUUGCUUCGAGCCUUCCGCCGCAGGCGCAGGGCGCUGCCGCCCAGGCUCCUCUGCCGUUCAACGUCGCCGGGAGCAAGAACAAGCCUCCGCUGGUGGCUCCCUUCCGCUCGAGCCCGCGCAGCGCCGCCAAGAUAACGCGACUGCGCGGCUCCACCCCCGCUGCCACCGGCUUCGGAGGCAGGGAGGGCACGCCCGGACUGGGCCGCGAGGGCACGCCCGGCGCAUACACCCGCUUCGGCACGCCCGGACGCGCGGGAUCGCCGAGCAUCUUCAAGGGCCUCAGCGACGAGCACACGCAGCCGCUGUCGUCGCAGGCCUUUGUCUCGCGUCCCAGCUCAAAGCGUCUGGUCCUCGAUGACGUCGGCGACGGCAGCUUCUCGACCAGCCGCAGCGGCAUCGGUCGCAGCGGCAGCGUGCCCCAGUUCCACGACACUAUCAGCAGCCCGCUGGUUCCUGGUGCUGGCUUCCUCCGCUCAGGCACCGCAGCACCCGCCAACCGCGUCAGCUUCAGCCCGGCGCUCGAGCAGCGUGCCGAGUCCGUCAGGCCCGGUGGUGCCGGCGAUGUCAGCUUCGCCUCUUCGCUGCCAUCUCGACGCGGCAACCUGUUCGCCUCGACCUCGAUAGUCGACGAUUCGCCCUCGAAACCCGCCGCUGCUGCUGCCGCAGCCAAGGCUGCCGUGCCUCGUCCUGGACGCGACCUCGAGUCUUCGUUCGUCGCAGCCGCGUCUGAACCCACCGCCGCGACGGCCAAGAAGGGCGAGUACUACCUCGAGCCCAGCCUAUCGGCGCUCCGCACCGCGCGCUUCGAAGAGCUGGCGGCCGUCCACGGCUUCAUCGUCGGACGCCACGGCGUGGGCAAGGUCGAGUUCCUGGACCCCGUCGACCUCACCACGCUGCCGGAUCUCACCGACAUCGCCGGCGGUGUGGUCCAGAUCCGGCUCAAGGAGAUUGUCGUCUAUCCGGAAGAGGGCGACUACGAUCCGCGCAACCCCAAGGAUGGCGCCAAGCGCAACUACGACUUCCUCCCCAAGGCCGACGAGGGCACCGGGCUCAAUGUGCCGGCGCGCGUCAGCCUCGAGGGCUGCUGGCCCACUGACCGGGCCACGCGCGAACCCAUCAAGGACGCCAGCCACCCGCGAGUCAAGCAGCACAUCAACAAGCUCCGCAACAAGGGGGAAACCGAGUUUGUCGAUUACGAGGCCGAGAGCGGCACCUGGACCUUCAAGGUCAAGCACUUUUCGCGCUACGGCCUCGACGACAGCGAUGAGGACGACGGCGAGGGCGCCGCCGCCGCCGCCGCCGGUGGCGCUGCGCCGAACGCGGCCCAGGCCGCUCUGCACGCCAAGGCCAAGGCGUCGGCCACCACGAAGCGUGCCCUGCGCUCGCGACAGUAUGCCGGCAGCUCGGACAUGACCGACGACGACGACGACGCUCCGCCGCCCUCUCAGGCGCUGCUCGACGGCGCUUCGGAGCACGAGACCCUCGGCGGCGAUGAGGAGGCUGCUUCGCAGAUCUCCAACGACACCUCGAGCGUGAUGCACGAGAGCGAGCUCGACGACGCAUGGGGCGCUCGGGCCAGCACACCGCGCGCGUCGCGGGCGGGGUUUGGCCAGGAACGAGCGCGGAGCUCGACGCCUUCGGUCAUCGCCUCGGCGGGGUUUGGCGGCGGCGCCUCUAGCCGCGCCGGCACGCCGUCGCGAGCGCUUGGAGGUGCCGGCCGCGCCUCUUCUGGCGUCGAGGCGCGGAGGGUGCAGGUGAUGCAGGCGAGUUUUUUUGGGCAGGACGACAGCCAGGUAGCUUCCGGGGCUGUCGUUCCUCCUCUGACGGCAGCUGCAGCGACUCCGACAUCGCGUAAGAUGGCGGGCGCGCAGGUCGUCAACCCCAGGAAGCACAACCGGUACAGCACCGGCACCAACACGUCUUCGAGCCCGCAGGGGCCUCCGCAGCCGGCCUCGACGGCCCCGACGACCAACGUUGUCGAACGAGGCGGCAACAACAAGGGCGUCGCAGGCGCGCGUGCGGCGUUCGACGUCGAGCCCGUGGUCCAGCAGCCCGAGACGGCCCGACCGGCGAGGAAGCUGACUCGUCUCGACCUCUCGCGAUCUGCCGUCAAAGGCCACGAGGGGCUCUCGCUCGACGCCGGCCUGGCCCUAGGCCGCAGCUUUCGCGUAGGCUGGGGGCCCGACGGCACCAUCGUGCACAACGGCAAGAUUGUCGGCCUCGCCGCCGCUGGCGCCAACAAGUCGAAUGCAGAGGAGAAUCAGGCCAGCACAGUGACGACGGUCAAAAUCGAGAAGCUCAAGAUUUUCAAGGAUGCUGAGACUAUGAAAACCGAGGGGGAAAAGGCCGAGAGGCUGCUCAAGGUGCAGCUCGACAACUCGAUCAUCGAAGAGGACGAGGAGGGCUGCCCGGUGGCCUACACGCAGUUCACCACCCGCUUCCGGCACUUCGCUCGCGCGUUCGAGCUGAAGGACAGGAGCUUCGAGGCCUGCCUGUGGCGCCUCGGCGUCGCCCUGUUUGACGAGAUCGACCUCAAGCUGCCCGAUGGCAUGUCGACUGCGGCUGCCGAUCGGGUCGCCAACCUGCGCCGCAAGGCCGCCCUCUCUAACUGGCUCCGCCACAGCGUCGCUGGCACUGUCGAGACCGAGUCGCGUUCGCACGUCGCCGCGAGCCGGACGGCGGCGCUCACCUUUGCGUACCUCAGCGGCAACCAGGUCGAGCGAGCCGCCCAGGCCGCUCUCGAGUCCGGCGACCUCCGCCUCGCUACGCUGAUUGCCCAGGCGGGCGGCGACGAGGAGACCAAGGCCGACAUCAACGAGCAGCUGCUCGUCUGGCGGCAGGAGGGCGUCGAUGCUCACAUCACCAAGGACCACCGCCGCAUCUACGAGCUCCUUGCCGGCAACGUGACGCUGUCCAAGGGCACCGAGGCGCGGGCCACGCGCGACCCCGUCGACCAGGUGCCGGACCUCAAGAUCCCCGAGGGCCUCGACUGGAAGCGCGCCUUUGGUCUCCACCUCUGGUACGAAACCGCUCACGAGGCGCCGCUGCAGCAGAGCUUCGAGCGGUACGAGAGCAUGGUGGGCGGCGCCGGAGGCACGGCCCCUCCGCUGCCCCACUACCAGGAAGGCUCGCAGCUGGGCGCGCUCCGCCUCAAGCAGCUGCUGCAACGCCCCGACUACGUACGGGACGCGCAGUUUGAGCUCAUCAAGCUCUAUGCCGAGCCGACGCACGAUCUCGAGUCGACGCUGCGCCCGUGCGCGUUUGGACCGAGCGUGUCCGACUUCCGCCUGCCGUGGCACCUCUACGACCUCCUCUCGCGCGUGCUGAGGCAGCGCGACUUCCAGGACCGUACCGAGCUCGGCCUCGAUGUCGCCGCCGACGCCAUGGCCGAGGACGGCGAGGCUCGGGCCGAGGGCAACAGCGCCCGCGCCGACGGCCUCGCUUCGAGCUACGCCCAGCAGCUCGAGCUCGAGGGCCUGUGGACGUGGUCGGCCUUUGUGCUGCUCCACCUCGAGUUCUCGUCGAGCCGGCAGGCGGCCAUCAAGGCGCUGCUGGCGCGCCGUGUGGACGACAUCGACGACGAUGCGGAACAAUUCCUCUGCCACCGCCUGCAGAUCCCCGUCGAGUGGAUCUACGAGGCCCGAGCCUACGCGGCCCGCCAGCGCGACGACCGGUACGGCGAGUACCUGCUGCAGCUCAAGGCGAGGAACUUUGUGGCGGCCCACAACGUCGCCGUGCAGCACCUUGCGCCCGAGGCCGUGAUCAGGGGCGACCAGGAGCUCAUCACGCGGCUCUUUUCGCCGUUCUACGCCGACGACAUGGACCCGACGGUGGACCUGCCCGGUUGGGCCGAGGGAGGGGAGCUGUUUGUCGACUACGUCGCUGCGACGCGCGAGCUGCCGGGCCUGCUGAGCCGGGCCGACGCGGGCGAGCUGACGGGCGCCGAGGCCGAGCGGCUGGAGCGGCUCUCGAGGCGCCUGACCGAGAUGCUGUCGAGCGUCGACGCGCUCUUCCCGCGGCGCGAUGCGGAGCUGGUGCAGAAGGUGGCGCGCACCGAGAUGGUGGCGGGCCUGAUGAUGCUGGUGCGGCUGGUGUCGAGCCGGUCGCUCGGCGUGCUGGGCCGAAAGAGCCUCGAGCCGGCCGUGUCGCACGUCGACCUCAACCUCGGCAGCCGAUGGGACCCGGCGUGCCUCGAGGUCGACGCCGUCCAGAACGCCGCCGAAGACUACCUCGAGCUCCUCCUCGGCACCUCGUCGGCCUAG